GCAAGGAAACAUUCAGUAUAAUGUUUACAUAAUUACCAAGAAGCAUUCAGUAUAAUGUUUCAUUACUGCAAGGAAACAUUCAGUAUAAUGUUUUCAGAAUUACCAAGAAGCAUUCAGUAUAAGGUUUACAUAAUUACCAGGAAGCAUUCAGUAUAAUGUUUCAUUAUUGCAAGGAAACAUUCAGUAUAAUGUUUACAUAAUUACCAAGAAGCAUUCAGUAUAAUGUUUCAUUAUUGCAUGGAAACAUUCAGUAUAAUGUUUUCAGAAUUACCAAGAAGCAUUCAGUAUAAGGUUUACAUAAUUACCAGGAAGCAUUCAGUAUAAUGUUUCAUUAUUGCAAGGAAACAUUCAGUAUAAUGUUUACAUAAUUACCAAGAAGCAUUCAGUAUAAUGUUUCAUUACUGCAAGGAAACAUUCAGUAUAAUUUUUACAUAAUUACCAAGAAGCAUUCAGUAUAAUGUUUACAUAAUUACCAGGAACUAUUCAGUAUAAUGUUUCAUUACUGCAAGGAAACAUUCAGUAUAAUGUUUACAUAAUUACCAGGAAGCAUUCAGUAUAAUGUUUCAUUAUUGCAAGGAAACAUUCAGUAUAAUGUUUACAUACUUACCCAGAAACAUUCAGUAUAAUGUUUACAUAAUUACCAGGAAGCAUUCAGUAUAAUGUGUCAUUAUUGCCACGGAAACAUUUAGUGUGUGGUUGCAGAGUUAUAUAGAUAUAAACUAUUAGUAUAUAUCUGUCUAUAUUGUAAAGUAGCAGCAGGGCAGAGUGCAAGGCCUGUGCUAUAGAGAUACAUAAAAUGCAAUGUCUAUUACACUGAGAGGCAUUUCAGUAUGAUAUUCCAUUGUUAUCAAUUAACAUGAGUAUGAUUUAAAAGUAGGGAAAGGUUAGUGGUAUGACGCUACUAUUACUACAUAUUUCCCUGACACCUACUUAUGGUACUAUAUUUAUAUUCUUUGAUAACUAAAAACAGCCUCCAGAUUUGGCAUUUAGUUUCUUUCUAUCAAGUUAUAUUAUCUAUAUAUUAUUGUGCCUAGAGGUGUUCUUUGGGCUAUUGAAUUUCAGUCAAAUUCAGUUAUCAUGAACAAUAGCCCUUGUUGCGAUGUACAAGUCCAUUUUAUUAUACAGGCGAACUGCUGGAUGUCAUGUGGUAUACUGUUUGGUGUUUACAGUAGUAUUAGUUUGCCAACUUUCUCACUCAUCAAGUUUGUUGGAAGUUGACAUGCCCCUUUUUUCCUUGAUGCCCAGAUUUACUGUGGUUGAAAUAGAAUGGAGUCAACUUAGCCAAAAACAAUAUUUAGAAAUAAAACCAUGAUUGUGCUGCAAUGUCAUCAGACUGACUAAAAAGCAAUCUGCUGAAAUACGAUCGAUUUUCACAAUAAGCUAAACAAAGCUAUGUUGUAUACAUUGUGUAAGAAUAAUCAGAGAUAUAAUAUGUUGUAUAUGCCUCUUGAAUAAUAUACAUGAAAUAUAGAUCUACAGUAAACAUGUAUGAGUCGAUGCACGCUCGCCAGGUUGCGACACAAAAUUUUGGUCUAGUGUGAGCCCUGGGAACCCAUAGUGUGGGGGCUACCAAUGUCCUACCUGGACCACAGUUUGUCUCUCCCAUGGACACCCCCAACAUUUCUAAUGUGGGUUCGAUUUUAGAUGUAGUUUUCUCAGAUAGCCCGGUUCCAAGCUCCAUAUUUGGAGCAGUAUCCCACCCCGGUUCCGGAACAUUUAUUGCAAAUUUAAUUUCAGCAACAGCUCAUAUUCUGACAGCUUCCUUAACACAGGCAUCUCGAGCUGCAUAUAGGCGGUCUUGGGACCUAUUCCUGAAUUACAAACCAGUUACUAACUUACCUUUGCAAGUCUCUGAUGUAUGCAACUUCAUUGGACAUUUAUUUCAAUCCAAUUUGAGUGCAAGCACUAUAUCAUCACACAUAUCUGCUCUGGGCCAUGUCCACAAAUUGUUCAAUUUGCCAGAUCCUUCUCAAGCCUUUGUAGUAAAGAAACUUCUGCGUGGUUGUCACAAAUUGGCAGGGACUGUAGACUCAAGGCUACCGAUAACGAAAGAUAUUUUAGCAAAACUUAUUGCGGCUUUGUCUCAUACGGUUGCAGCAAAAGCCAACUGCAUAUUAGAUGCUCUGUUUAAAUUAUGCUUUCAUGCAUUCCUUCGCCUUGGGGAAGUGGUUUCAAAAUCUGCAGGAAGUAGCAGUUUGGUGGUGCAGCGGUCAAAUGUCGCCUUUCAAUUUGAGGGUUCUUUACUGAAAUCAGUGCAGAUAGUUCUACAUCAUUUCAAAAAUCAGAAACAUAACAAUCCUUUUGUCAUUACACUUGUGAGCAGCAUAGAUCCAACAAUGUGCCCUGUGGCAGCUCUGCAUCGCUAUUUAUCACAUUUCAAGCAUUCUUCGGGACCCUUAUUCCAGUUCAUAGGGGAAAACCCUGUUACAUAUUCUUAUGUCUCCACUCAACUCUAUGCCGCUGCAACCUUUGCUGGUCUGAACCCAAAGUUGUACAAAGGUCAUAGUUUUAGAAUAGGUGCUGCUACAUAUGCCACAAGUCUGGGUUAUUCUGAGAAUCUGAUCAAACAAUUAGGCAGAUGGAACUCUAAUGCCUUUCGUCGCUACAUAAGAAUACCUGCGUUCAACCUUUAACUUAUUUUCUACCCCAUCCUCUGAUUUUUUUUUUUUACUUGGUAGUCAGGGCGCAUUCAGGUUCAGCAACAACCUUUGGCAGGUCAGUGUCUAACUGCUGCUAAAGACUGCAUCACUUGCGUGCAUAUAUCAAUUGAAAAUUUGGGCAGGUCAGUGUCUAACUGCUGCUAAGGACUGUAUCAAUUGACUGUUAUAUCAAUUUUAAGACUUCGAGCAGGUCAGUGUUUAACUGCUGCAAAAAGUUUGGUACUAUGUAAAUAUUUAAACAAAAUAGGUUUUUUGCAAGUUGGUAUCUGUUAUAUUUUCUUUGUAGUAAUUCUUUUUCGCAAGUUGUAGAGAAAAAAAUUUCUGUUUUAUAUGCUACACAUUGGUACUGUAUACAUUGCUAUAUGUGGUUGGUGCAAUAUACCUUACUGACGCACUUAGUUACGCUAUCCUUUUAUACACAGAUAUGUCAAAAGUAUGUCUUGUUAUAUACAAUAUCCUUUAUGUUAUAGCACAGGAAUGUGUCAACUUUGGUAACCAUAUACACUGUUAAUUGCAAUCGGGUCAGUAUUUAACUGUUCAUGUGUGAUAAAUGUUUAUUAACUCUCCACAGUCAAACUAGUUAUUUCUCUCUGCUCACCUUGGAUGGCGCCGAUAUGAUACUGUGUUUCAUAUCUUGUGGCCUUAUUUGUUCGCCAUCUUUUUGCUCUGGGUUUGUUUUGAUGAAUUUUUAUUUGUCAUCUUAUAGCGUAGCAUUAUUUAAGUUAUUUUGUCUUCUUUGGGAGAAAUCAGACUUUGAGUAAUUUAGCUUUGCAGGUACUUUCAUGUAGAAUGUAUUAUCUGAUUUCCCCCAAAAUCUUAUGUUGAAGAUUUCUUUCGUCAUUUGGUAUUGUAAUAAAUGACAAAUUUUCAAUCUCAAUCAUUCUUUGUUCAGAUUUUUUAUGACAGCAAAAACGAGCUACGGUGAGCAGAGUUUGGGUAAUAGAAGCUGAUAAACAUAAAAUCAAUAUUAUGGAACAUAAUAGCAUUUAUGUUUAAAGCGUAUAUAUGUGUCAUUUGCCCUAUUGGGGACCUCGUAUAACUUUACCCCGUUGGGGGCCUCAAGUUUGUUAGCCAAUCAAUGGCUUGGAUAGGCACGCGAUAGCUUGUGUUUUGCACACGUUAGCCUUUUCAUAUACAUGGGAUUCAGUGAAUACAAAUUGUAAAGCGGAUCAAAGUUUUUUCAUUUUAUUCAACCCUCCACCACCCCAACUUUCCGUCCUCAAUAUGGAGGUUUACUCCGGUGCUAUGCAAUCUUUUUAUAUAGGCUUUUAAUCAUUUGGGUUGGCCUUAUUUGUUCGCCAUCUUUUUGCUCUGGGUUUGUUUUGAUGAAUUUUUAUUUGUCAUCUUAUAGCGUAGCAUUAUUUAAGUUAUUUUGUCUUCUUUGGGGGAAAUCAGACUUUGAGUAAUUUAGCUUUGCAGGUACUUUCAUGUAGAAUGUAUUAUCUGAUUUCCCCCAAAAUCUUAUGUUGAAGAUUUCUUUCGUCAUUUGGUAUUGUAAUAAAUGACAAAUUUUCAAUUUCAA